AGCAUCCUUCUUUUUGCUGCUUCACCGCAUUAGCUACCAUCGGCUAAACUGGGGACUAAACACUAAACUCCAUCCCAAUCCUGACCGCCUGGCUGUCGGCUUUGUAGGGUAUAUGAAAAAUGCCCAGUGUCACGGUGAAAGAUGUCAACCAGCAGGAGUUUGUCAGGGCUCUGUCAGCUUUCCUCAAAAAGUCUGGCAAACUGAAGGUCCCAGAGUGGGUUGACACUGUGAAGCUUGCCAGGCACAAGGAGCUGGCUCCCUGUGAUGACAACUGGUUUUACACCAGAGCAGCAUCCACGGCCCGUCAUCUGUACCUGAGAGGAGGGGUGGGCGUGGGCUCCAUGAUCAAGAUUUAUGGAGGGCGCCAGAGGAACGGUGUAUGCCCUGCCCACUUUAGCGUGGGCUCCAGAAAUGUGGCGAGGAAGGUCCUUCAGGCUCUGGAGGGUCUUAAGAUGGUGGAGAAGGACCCCAGUGGUGGACGGAGACUUACCCCUCAGGGCCAGAGAGAUCUGGAUCGGAUCGCAGGCCAGGUUGCCUCUGCAAACAAGAAACAGCGAAGUUUACAAAGCGCCAUCUGAGGAGUGCAUGCAAAGAAUCCAGACGAGUGAAAUGCAGUUAUGCCUUACUGCCUAUUUACUCAAGUUUGCUUGUUUCCCUUAUCACUCCAGUGCCCACAUUAACAGAGUACAAAAGGCAUUUCAUAGAGAUGCAUGUGUCUGUAGUACAGUAAGUAGUAAGUACAGAUUAAAUAUUAUACAUCAAUGUUUGGCAGCAGUUUUAGGUUUGUUUUUUGCUUGAAAUUCAUUAUGGAUUUCAAGGCAUCGGUGGCCUUGUGACAGCAAAACGCAGACUGGGCACAGAAGCACUGAGAAUGCAGUAUUUCCAUGUGAAAGCAUUUUAAUGAUGUUUUGCCAACAACUGUGAAACAAAACAAAUUAAAUGGAUGCUUAUGUAUAUUUUUAU